AUGUCGCAAAUGUAUGGCAAUGGAAAGGAAAUGGAAGACACAGAUCAAGUGGAUCCUGGUUUCAUCUCCUUUUUUACAAAACUUCCCAGCAAGUCUCCUGAAUUAGGAACACUUCGACUGUUUCUUCGCACCUCCAACGACCAAUAUUACGCGGCGUAUGGACCUGACGCAUACUAUGUGGCACAGAACGUUUAUCACACCAACUCCGUCAUUAAGUAUUUGGGGGCGGGUGGGCGGUCGUCCGGUUUAGCCAGUGUUUCCAUGAAGGUUUCAGUAGCACAUAUGCUACUUCGCGAUGCCCUGACCACAAAACAGCUGAGGGUGGAGAUUUGGGUACCAGAUGCGGGCCAAGGGAAAAAGUCUGUCAAGUUUCGGUUGGACAAGGAGGCAUCCCCCGGAAACCUACAGGCUGUCGAAGAUCUUUUAUUUGUCAAUUCCGACUUCGUUUCUGCACCCAUUGUGAUGGCCAUCAAAUUGGCGACCGCGCCGUUAGCGGAGUCCACUCACACCAAGGUUCGAUCGGUCGGAGUAGCCUUUGCGGAUACAACGAGUCGAGAGAUCGGAGUCUCGGACUUCAUUGAUAAUGAAUUAUUUUCAAACCUUGAGUCACUCGUCAUCCAACUUUCCGUCAAAGAAGCCGUCAUCCCAACUGGCACAAUAUCUGGCACAACUGAUCGCGACAUAGAUCUCAACAAGCUGAGAGCUGUUUUGGAUCGAUGUGGUGUCGUAGUAACUGAGCGAAAGCCAAGCGAAUUUACGGUGAAGACUUUAUCACACGACCUACCACAACUUCUGAAAAGCCAUGUUGGGCCAUCUUCGACUGCCGAUUCAAGCACAACUAUAUCUCAAUUGACGUUACCCACCGCUCCAUCCGCACUAUCUGCUCUGUUGCUUUAUCUAUCCCUUCUCAACGACACAUCCAAUCAUGGGAUGUAUUCUAUCAAAACUCAUGAUCUUGCCCAGUACAUGAAGCUCGAUGCAAGUGCACUUCGAGCUCUAAAUUUGGUGGAGGGACCAAACAAACUGACCUCCAAUCAAAAUACAACUCUGUUUGGCGUUCUGGACAAAUGCAAGACUGCCCAAGGGUCUCGAUUACUUGGGACAUGGCUGAAGCAACCGCUGAUCAAUUUACAUGAGAUAUGCAAACGGCAAAAUUUAGUUCAAAUCUUCGCGAACGAUACGAAUAGCCGACGUACACUCCAGGACGAGUAUAUGAAAGCCAUGCCGGACCUCCUUCGGAUCUGCAAAAGAUUUUUGAAGUCGAUAGCAACGCUGGAAGACGUUGUCCGGGUCUACCAAGUGGUCCUCAAGAUUCCUGGAAUGAUCGAAUCCCUGGGUGGUAUUCAGUCUGACGAUGAACAGGAUUCUGUUCUCUUAGAAGAAGUAUAUCUCAAUGGUAUCAAGGAAUGUGAAUCAAGUCUCGAGAAAUAUGGUGAAAUGGUAGAGCAGACAUUGGAUCUCAAAGAGCUCGACAACCACAACUAUCUUAUAAAGCCUGACUAUGAUCCUCGUCUGCAAGAGCUGGCAGAAAAGUUGGCAGAGAUACGGGACGGGUUGGACGAAGAGCAUCGCAAAACGGGAGAAGAGCUUGAUCUGGAGCUGGACAAGAAACUUCACCUCGAGAAUAACCAGGACGCCAAAAAUCUCCCCAAGCGCUAUAUAGAACUGGGGACCAACAAGAGCGGCGUUUACUUCACAACGAGCCGCCUCAAACAGCACGCAGAGGAUUUCAAGGAAGCUUCCGCAGCUUACGCCAAAACUCAACAUGGGGUAGUAAAACAAGUCAUAGAAAUAGCUGCUACUUAUACCCCGGUUUUGGAGACGCUAAACACUAUACUGGCUCAUCUCGAUGUCAUCCUCAGUUUUGCUCACGUCGCAGUUAACAAUCAAUAUGUCAAACCGGAAGUUAUGAAGCAAGGAUCCGGAAGCCUUGUCCUAAAUGAAGCCAGGCAUCCCUGUCUCGAACUCCAAGAAGGGAUUGCGUUUAUUCCUAACGAUGUUGAGAUGAUCAAAGACAAAAGUGAAUUUCAAAUCAUAACUGGACCCAACAUGGGUGGAAAGUCCACCUAUAUUCGUCAAGUCGGAGUCAUCGUUUUGAUGGCUCAGAUAGGCUCUUUUGUACCAUGUGCAAGCGCACAAAUACCUGUUUUCGACUCUAUUCUCUGCAGAGUGGGCGCCGGAGACAGUCAGCUAAAAGGUGUAUCGACCUUUAUGGCUGAAAUGCUAGAGACUGCUACCAUUCUUCGGUCAGCAACAAGAGAUUCGUUAGUCAUCAUUGACGAACUUGGGCGAGGUACUUCGACGUACGAUGGUUUUGGACUAGCAUGGGCCAUAUCCGAAUAUAUUGCCUCUCAAAUACAUGCAUUUUGCAUGUUUGCAACCCAUUUCCAUGAGCUGACAAGUUUGGACCAACAAAUUCCACACGUCAAGAACCUUCACGUCGUUGCACACGUCACAGAAUCCGAUAAAGGGACUGUCGAUCAAGAUAUAGCCCUCUUGUAUAAAGUGGAACCAGGAAUAUCCGACCAGAGUUUCGGCAUUCACGUUGCAGAGUUGGCUAAUUUCCCGCAAGAUGUUAUAAAGCUUGCUAAGAAAAACGCACAAGAGCUAGAAGAUUACAACGAUAGCGAACCCACCAAAGAAUUUAGUCCCGAUGUUGUCAAUUCCGGAAUCAGCAUAAUGGAAGAUUUUUUCCGAAAAUGGUCCUCAGACAACGGAGAGAAUGGCGACGAAGAUGUGAAUAUGGACGACGACGACGACGACGAAGUCCAGCUCAACAACUUAAAAAAGCAUGUGAACGAAAUCCGCCCACUCAUUCAGGAGAACCCGUGGUUACAAUCGAUCAUCACUGCCCUGUAG